GUGGUCGCGGUCACAUCUUGUCUGUGGCUAGGCUGAGCUCGUGUGUCGCUCUCGCUGUACCUAACUUCUCGUCCAUCGAGCUCUAUCCGCCUGCCUCUGAACACAACUUGUGACCAUAGACGUCCAGUGCCGGUGAAAUUGACUGCAAGUGCCUCUUUCUCAGAGAACGGCACUCAGGGGCAUAGGCCCCAUAGCUUUCCUGGAUAAUGCGCCGGCAAUUUUAAAGCCCUGUACUUUUUCUGUUGCCCGCCUCAGCACAGGUGGGUGCUGCUACUGUGUGAUAAUUAGUGACCGCCCUAAGUUAGCCUCCAGCACAUACUUGUACCUCCGACUCUUCCAUGGCUUGCUGUAGGCCCUCAUAGCAUUCGCAGCUCCAUUGAAACGUUUUUUGUGCUGUGCUUUAUUAUUUUUCAGUUACUAGUCCGUGCAAUAAUUCCAAGUGAUGUCUGUGUUUCAUGUGAGAAAAUCAUUAGCCCAUCGAUAGCGUCCCGUUUCAGUGUUAAGCUUGGCGUGUGCCCAGCAGGAUAAUUUGUUGAAGGGGCAAGAUGGCCGGCUGAGAACAGCAUGUUAGCCGGGGCAGCGGUUAGCCCGGCGCAGUUCAAACAUGUGGCCGUCACUCUACUCACCCGUGACUGCAUCACUUUACCCGUCGAGACGAAGGCGAAGGUAUCGGAUGUGCUGGAGGCUGUGUGCUGCAAGCUCGCUCACGACGGCAUGCGCAGCACGCAGCUCUUCGGACUCGCGCUGCAGCUCGAUGGCGAGAGAGUUUUUGCCGAUUCCGACAAGAAGCUGAGCAAGUAUGCGUCCAGAGCUUGGAGAACCUCGCCUACGGGUUUGGACAGUUCUGGGCAACCACUCCUACAAUUCCAAUUUUGUGUUCGGUACUAUGUACAAACUGCGCUCAUACUGCAAGACGCUGUCUCGCGCACGCACUACUACCUUCAGCUGCGCGACAACGUGCUGCGCUACGGGCAAGUGUGGCGGGAGGAUCAGGCGCAUCACUUGGCUGCCCUGGCACUGCAGGCUGACUAUGCCGACUCCGGCGACUCGGGCAGAGCACAUCGUCCACCUCCUUACUUCGACCCACUACUCUACUACCCACAAUGGGUGGUGGAGCGUGAAGGGUCAUCACAGGUGAUCGCUAAGGUAACCGCCCUUCAACAGCAGCACCAGCGGAUGACAAAGGAGGAGGCGCAGGAGGCGUUCAUUGAGGCGGCCUCCUUCGACGAGGCGCCUCACAACGUCCACCUCUACCACCUCAGGAGGAAGAAGAGCGAACCCUCCUCACAAGUCACGCUCGCUGUGGGCGAUAAGGGCAUCAGUAUUUAUGAGGAGGAGCCUGGCCCGAAUGUUCCUAUUCGGAAGCUCUCCUGCACCUACCCUUGGCUCACCAUCGACCUCGUGACUUUUGACAAAAAGAAGUUUUCGAUCAGUUCUAAUGAUCUAGCGGGGAAACAAACAUUUUAUUCGAGUUCUGACGAGAAGAACCGUCAUAUGUGGCUGCUCUGCAGGCUUCACCACCAGCACUCCAAGUCUGUGAGACCUCGAGUACAACGACUGCUCAGACAUGGACCUCGAUUAGAACGUCGAGUGACUCGUAACAGCAGCCACUACAGCCGGAGUUCAGGCAUGGAGUUUUCUUCAGUGGAAACAUCAGCAUCACUUGACUCGAUCAACCUACUAAUGGAUGACAGACUGACUCUUCCCCACGCCGUACGUCUGGCAGGGCACCGCGCCUCAGGCAGCCUUGACAGCCUCCGCAACUAUCUUAGCAGCUCGCCCUCCUCAGCGUCCUCGGAGCCCUCGCAGCCUCCGUCAGCUGACCUGCCCUCGGCACUGAGUUGUGACUUGCAAGAAGAGUUGCCUCUCUCGUUGAGCACUCCUGGGUCUCCCGAAUGCUCCAGAGCUGCGACCGUGGGCAGAGUGAGCAGCAUCCAUUCUUCGUCAUCUCAACAGUCAGCUUCAACAGUGCGCUCAAAGUACUCAAUGAUGAGACUACAGCCUGAGCUGACGCUGGGAGCUCAACUAGCUGACCUGUCCCUGUCUCCUGACUUGCCUGAUUUGGCUGACCUGCCAUCCAUGGCCUCGAGACCCAUCAACGAAUGUGAUGCAGUUGAUGGCGCUGACAACGCCACGCAGCUUCACACUGCACACAAUUGCUGCUCAACGUGCUGUGACGAUCACGACAAUGAUUCUGACGAAGAUAGUGACAACGAGCAGACGAUUGCAUCGUGUCACUGUGGCUCGUGCUCAGUGUGUGGCAUGCGACAGGCCGCUGAUGAAGGCCUCGACAGCUUUCCAGAUUCUGCUUUCCUGCCACACGGAGCUCUCCUACCCUCCCAUCUUGAACAUUCUAAUCAAGCUUACAGAUAUACUGAUAACUUCAUGGCAUUAGAAAACACCGAUGAUUAUGUCGAAUUUUACAAGAGCUUGUCGCACGGCGACACAAGCCUACUCGACGUUAAUAGUGAGGAUCCCGGCAAUUCUUUGCAGGAUUAUCCGCCACAUUCCUCUGCCUCCGACGUGGAAGAGCAACAUCUUGAUUACUCCGUGGAGAGCGCACACGAGGCUUUCAGUGGAAUAUAUGCUAAUCGAAACUAUCUCAAUUAUGAUGGCUGUAUUUCUCCAUCACUCGGAUCAGAGAGUGACAGCGGCAGAUACUCCAUGCUACACCCUGCAGCCGUCACAAUGGCUACCAUCACAACCUCCACUCCGGUGUCCAUAGCUUCUUCAAGAAUGGGUGUUCCUACUUCCAGGUCAGACUCUAUGAGAUCUGAUGUGUCGAAUGCAGACACCGGGGCUCCUAUGGUUGCUAUAAAAGAAGUUCAGGUUGCAAAUUCUUCAGAGGCACCUGCUAAACUUAUAACUUCCCGACACAGGAUUACUGUGCUCAAAGCUCACACGCAAGAAACCUUUUCACCGGCAGCCUCCCACCAGGCGGUGCCCCUAACCCGAGGCAGAGGCCACACGUUGCCGCAAGUGCCGCCCAAACAGAAGCCAGGAAGCAUUCAGUCCCUACAGCGAUCUGCUUAUCCAUUCUCUGUUACGAGACAGUACGCAUUAUGUCCACCCUGCAUCCCGGAGAUAAACAGUCAUUUAGAGCACAAGCUUGAGCCGGCUUUGCCAGUAAUUCGUAAAAAUAAUUAUUUAGAUGUCCGUGCUUCUUCUUCUAUCAGCAAAAAUCGAACUAGAAUGCACCCCCGCCAGCCUAGCACUGUAGCCCAGAGAAGUCUUUAUUUGAGGCACCAAAAGAAAGAAUUACUUCAACAGCAACUGAGAGAAAAACAAGAGAGACAAUUGUUGGAGCAGCAAAUGAGCAGCGAAACCGUGUAUCAACCUGAUGCCUACGCACAAGGGGUCGGUGUACCAUUACAACCUGCACCCACCAUUGCUGGUUACUCUCAGUGCUCGCAUCACCAACUCCUGGGCCAGAGUCCAAUAUCAAAUCGCCCGUCGCUGCCUUCUGCGUCACACCACAUUUGUCAGUCUUAUCCUAGUGGUUUAUUUCACAACCAACCUCUGCCUCCGAGCAACAUGGUUUGUGAUGGAAGUUCCUGUCACUUUGGGACGAGUUGUGGGUAUCCUUCAGACCCCAUGGUUCCACAUUCAGGGGCUUAUCAUUACAAUGCUGAAUCGCCAAGUUAUGCGUCAUCUCGCCUUCAACCUCAACAUUUUGCUUCGGUUUACACAAAUCAAGUUAGUCUGAGCCAGAUCGAACAGUAUAAAGCGCAGCUGAACUCGGACGUUGAUUACGUUAUUUACCCUCUCAAAGACCCAGCUAUCAGUAGACAAGAGUACAUGGAUGCUAAACAAAGUCAGGUGAUAGCAAAUCAAACUCAACAGCAACAGCAGCAACAACUGCAAUUUCAACUGCAACGUCAAUUAGGCGUCGCUAAAUCGACUAACCAAAUCUGCCGGCCUUCGGUGCCACCCUACAGAAGCCCGAAGCUGAACCCGCUCUAUCGCUCGACGCCCAACGUCACGGGACAAAUGACCUCUAGUGUUAUAUCUUCCUACCCGUCUUACCUGAGUCUCGCGUCACACAACUCCAUGCACCAGCCUGGGUCCUCUUCAGGCUAUUCGUCCAUGGCUCGAGGACGCUUUUUCUCUCAGCAGUCGUUGAGUUCCUCGAUGUCAUCCACACAGUCUGGCUACUCCGCUUCUACUCAGAGCUUGAGUGGCAGCUACGAUCCCUAUGGAGAAAUUAUCAUGACGACCGCUCCUCCGUCCGUGAUGCGGGUGCGCUCUGAUGAGUCCAUCCUGUCGUCAGCUCUUGACGAUUCCGAAGGUUUAUCUGUAUCUUCUGCCCCUCCUCACCAACGACCCCCUCCCCCUUACCGCCCCAAGAGGAGUAUAUCGAGCAGCCGGCGAGGUCUCGUCACAUUGCAGGAGCUGCGUGAGCGAGGGAGCCAACUUGACGUUCCGCUCCUCGCAGCCUUGUGCGCCGACGUCAGCUUGCGACCACCACCAACAGUCAGCGAGUCAGCGACUGCUGCUGCAGCAGUACCACUACCUGCAGGAGCAGCUGAGGCGAGGAGCCAAGGCACGUUCGGUGCCGGCUUCUCGUCCCAAUGUUCCUCCUCAACUGCCGGCGCGUUACACGGAGCAGCAGCACACCCCAUGUUCAGCCCCCCAGCAGCUACUGCCCAGCAGGCGGCCUCCUCAUCCACCACCCCCGGCCUCCGCAUGCCAGAGGCACCUCAGUUCAUAAUGAACUUCGAUCCAUGUCGGCAUGCUAAUCUCAGGAAAAAAGAGAUCGUGAGUGGCAAAAAAUCUACUCGACGUUAUUCUGUGGCAGGACUUCAGACGACUAAUCAAAUUCAAGCUCCACACGUGGUUUUUGGCAAAGGAAGCCGGAAGUUGCCGGCGUUUACCACGCACAUGCAUCCAAAUCCUGAUAAUCUUCAGCAAAUUUUGACGGCCGAAGACCCAGCCGUGCUUGCUGCCAAGCGUAAAGCUAACAGAUUAGUGAAAGAUCGAAUGUGAAAAAAACGAUGAGUGACAGAUCUACUAUAAAUCAUGAUGGAAGUAAACGACAAUUUGUGAAUUAAAUUCUCGUAAUGGUUACGAGAUACGUGGUUUAAAAUAAAUUGAACUGUGUAGUGCAAUACAUUCUUGAUGGCACAGAAGAGUUCUUCUGACUUUAUCCACUUCAGGCAAUUGUGGGCAUAAGUGUGCAGCUGUCAGCUGACUUUUCCCGUGUUAGUUUUAACGAAUUGAGCGUACAUGCAAUGCUUAAUGUUUCCAGGUGUAUUUAUUACGUUACCCCCCAUGAAAGUACAACACUAAGAAUGCUUGGCUGUUCUUCGCAGCUCAUUGGUUAAGUUAUCGUUGGUAAGGUUUUAGAACAUUGCUCCUUAGGUGUGGAAUUGCUGCGUCUCAAGCAUCUUCUCCUCUCAGGAAAUGUAGAUUUGGUUGCUGCCUAUGAUAAUGUUCCGGAUCAUUACUUGGCUUGGAAUACUGCUGAUAUCGCUUUGUUACUUUGCUAUAUGCAUAACAAAAAAAAUUGUAAGUAGGUUUGUUUACCAUUGAUCUACAUCCCCAUAUAAAAUUCAUUUUUCGGUUUAGUUCUUCUCGAUUACACGAGAAGAAGCUUUGCCCUGAAAGUUGAUUAAUUUUUCAUAAGUAUACGAGUGCAGCAGCUCAUAAGAAAGGAUCGCUCUUUUUUGCAUUAACAAACCGAGAACUGGAAAUUAUUUGCAGUGAAGAUCGUCUUUUCUGAGCUCAAGAUCUUCGUAUACUGAUUUCCAAACUUCUAAAUCGUUAGGCAUCUGUUGAAAAUACUAUUCGUUUUCAUCACGUUGUAAUUUUUUCACCGUAAAUUCGUCUUUUCAACCUUAAAAUUUGCCUCAAAAUACAUGUCAAAGGACGAGACAGCAUUUCUUACAAUCUUCCAUCACACGAAUAGCCCAUUUUACGUAUUACAACAGUCAACCUGAUCAAUCGUCCAUUUUUCAUAUACAAUCAUUCACCAUACAAAUCGUUUAUUUUAUUGAUUACAAUAGCCCAUCUACGUAGAUGCGCAGUGUUCUAGGUAUGAAAUCCUUAGGUUCAAGGUGGUCUAUUAACCACUUAUUCAAUGUAACAUGGAUUAUUUGGAAUUUUCGAUUUUAAAUUACGAAGUUACCUUUAAUGAAUUGACUCCGCACCAUAAGGAAUGAUUGCAUGUCUCAUGCAUUUCAAUAUUAAUAAGGUAUUAGGAGUACGUAAAUUAGUUGCGGGCCUCUUCCUUAGCUUGCUGUGCUAGCAGUGGCUUCUCGCGAGUGUAAGUGGCGACAGUGACUUUGUUAUCCUCGUUUUGUUAUCACUUGUUAGUUCGAUGCACAUUAAGUUACGUAUCUUAAGAUUUUAAUCUAUCAUUCCAAAUGCAAGCCAUGGUGUUUGAUUAGUGAUAAGUUGAGAAUACAGUUUGAAGUUUGUUAGGUGUUUGUUGGUAUGCUAGAGCCCCUGAACUUUCUAACCGUGAGAAGAUGUAACUCUCGUCUGUGGAUGCCUGAUAUUAAAAUGAUCUUUCAUGUUCCCGAUUCCCACCGGAAAGAACGGCAGUUUUAUCUGCUGAAAGCGUGCAGACGGCUCUCUCUCUUUUACUUUGAGGUCGUAGUUGCGUCGUACCUUUACGACUGUCGUCGAUAAGACAAUGAGUCGUUGUGUCCUCAACAGCUACGACGUUACUCAACACGUACGACGUUACUCAACACGUACGACGUACGUUACUCAACACCGACGUACGUUACUCAACACGUACGACGCUACUCAACACGUACGACGUUACUCGACACGUACGACGCUACUCAACACCAACGACGUUACUAACACGCAAGACGUUACUCAACACCGACGUACGUUACUCAACACGUACGACGCUACUCAACACGUACGACGUUACUCGACACGUACGACGUUACUCGACACCAACGACGUUACUAACACGCACGACGUUACUCAACACGCACGACGUUGUUUAUUAUUCAUCAGGAGGAGGGAUGGAAGACUCGCUCGAUUUAUCUUUCGUGUGUAUUUAUGGCAUGGCCACAACACAUGAAGGGUUUGUAUUGGGUUUUCGAUUCAAUUUUUUUCAAAAUUCUACAAGUUUUUGCUGCUGAAAAAUGAACCUAAUAGACUGUUAUUGUAUCCUUGGCAAUGUUGCGUAUAUUGAAAAAAGUUGCUACUUCAAGGAAUAGUAACAAAAUAUUUGUUUCAUGUAAUCAUUAGUUACUGCUAAUAACAUAAUGAUAAAAAAAUAACUUAUCCCAGUCAAAAUUCCGAACGCUCUAAAGUCCUGCUUGUUCUACUUGAAAUAUUUUCUCAGUAUUUAUAUAGAUAACUUAAAUUAAACCAAUAUAAAUACACUACGAUUAUCGGCGGCUAAUAUCUAUAGACCUUACUCAUUUGAUCAUAACAUAUAUUGUACGCGGAACAUUUCAGUGCCCUCGAACAACUUGGCUGACACUCGCCAUGUACGUAAGAGUCUUAUGAAACAGGACAUUAAACUUUUCCCGUUGUUCGCAUACAAGAUAGAAUUUUUCGAGUUUGUCGGAUAUAUCAGGUUUGGCGUUCAAGUCGUAAAUUAUUGUUACUAAAUGAACGCUUCUGGGUUGCGCUCUCAUUCGUGCGACAUUCGCGUUUCUUGGCAUCGCGUUAGUUUUAAGUUGAACCACACUUACCUCAGUAGGCUUUAGGACUUUACGAAUAACUUCUUUGAAUUGUUAAAAAUCUAAAUUUUUGCUGCAUUAAUUUUUAAUUUUAACUUAGAUGAGGGGGUUUAUGACUAAAUGCUCCACUCUUGUUAACUGUUCAAUUUGCAUAACCGAAUCUGUUUCUACUGCGUUCUCGAUUCUUCUGACACUGACAGUAUUAGCGUUUUUAUACUGAACUUUUUUCUCGUAAAUGUGUGAUCCAAAUGUUAAUGGAAACUUUAUGCAGCAUGUUUCGGUCUGGAAUUGAGUCUAUGCGUGUAAUAUGUGUGCACUGAAUUUGUAUUUUUAAGGUCUAGCUUCUUCUGCUCUUGAAGUGACGAUUUUACUUCUUAUCUCUCCCAAUCCUUAGGAAAAUCCCGAGUAAAAGAAUCCUAGACGAGUUGAUAAGAGUUCGUCCGUUAUUCUCUAAAAUGGCAAUGAAUGCAAAUAGCGUUCUUCAGAAAACCAUAGUGGAAUAAUUCAAGGCAAUAUAUUCAGUUAAGGUCAUCUUAUCAAUAGUUGCAUGACACUUAUUAGACAUAAACAUGUUGUUCUUCACUUCUGUGCCUGAUUAUAGCGCUGAUUUGUUCAUCUGCGAACCUUGCAAUAAACGAUACACAAUAGAUUACAAAUAGAUGGUUGUUACCUGCAUAAGGCACCCCUACCUUAUUUAUAAUCCGUUCUUCUAAAACAUUAGCAGUGCCAUUAAGAGCCAUUCCAUAGCAGUGCCAUUAAGAGUGGGGAUGAAACUGCUUCUCGGUCUUGAUCUUGCAAAAAGCUAUCACCUUAGAGUAAUGUAGAUGGAUCGAGGCGCUGUAUUAGGCUGAUUGUCAACAUCUUACAUUAGAUUUUCUUGCUUAUUUAUAAGCCUGCUUAUGCAACGUUUCCUGAUGUUUCAAGAAUGACAGACGCGCUCAUCAUCUGAGUUUAAAACAUUAUAAUCCGUGCUUUCGCGUCCACAAAAGUGUAUUGUAAGCAAUUCAACUUUGCUAUAUCGACGUUAUGGUUCUUCAUCUCCCAAGAAGAGAUAGAAUGUACCCAAAUAAUUCUAAUAUUUUGUUACACUAAAGAAAUAAUAAUAGAUUGCACUGAAUAUAGCAAGUCAUAUGUUGAUCAAAGUAGCAUAAUUCGUGUCAAAGCGAAAGUUUGUUCUACUUUUAAAUUAUUGCCGAGUUUUGUCCACAUGAUAGAAUAGAUUUGCUAUCGGUACUUCUACCGUGAACUACUUUCAUUUUUAAUUUUGUAUACCCUUCCUGUAUUUCCACGCUAGAAAAAUAAAUUUCCUACCCCUUUUUAUAUUUUCAAGUCAGAACGUCAGAAUUUUCAAUUUCAACCGAAGAUGUGCAGGCCAACUGGAACAUAGUCUGGACUUCACGCCGCGGACUUCUUACUCAAAAUCAAGCUUAUCCCUAGUAUAAUUUCGAUGCCCACGAGUGGUUGCUUCCAUAUUGAACUUUUCUGUUUUUAUAAAUUUUUAAGUACCAUUGAAUUGUAAUGGAACGAAAAUUCUGCAAUGUUGCAUUGAUAAUUUAGAUUGACUACAUUUUAUACGCGUUCCACUUGCUCUGUCAGAUAUUUGACUAGAGCACAGGCAGCUUGCGUGUUGAGAAUUGUAAGUUGCGUUUUUCUUUGUAAAUUACGUUGACGUUUUUUUUUUGGCAUAAAAGUCGGAGCUAAAAACGAUUCCUGGUUAUUAUUUUUUAAUUUUGGGUCUGUGUGCAAAGUUAUUGUCUGUAUAUACAUGAAUAAAAGAAGGAGAGAUGAA